AAACACCAAGGUGAGGUCACCCAGAAAAACAGAGAGAAUUUCAAUUUCCAGAUUUUACAGCAGUCUUUGAUCAUUUCACUCUUCUUCUUAAACCCUUUUUUUUCUGUAAUUCCCGCUUCUCUGAAUCCAUUUCUGUAAUCGUCUGUCUUUCAAGCUGAUAGAAGAAAAAUCUGUCCAUAAAACAGAGCCUACAAGGUUGUUCUUUUGAAAGCCAGGUGAUCCAGAAUAGAGAUCCAGGUUUCUUCUUUUUAACAAAGUUUGUCUUUAUUUUCAUCAACUGAGAGGGUUUGUUUUUGGUCCCCCGAGGUUGUUUUUUUACUACCAAACUAUUGCCUGUUCUUUAGUUUUGGUUAAGAAACAGGUAAUUUUUAGAUUUUGUUUUUUGGAUAUGGCAGCCACUAUAGAUAUGUAUAAUAGCAGCAGAAGCUCGGUUUUCUCAGAUCCUUUGAGAGACGAGCUAAUGAAAGCGCUUGAACCUUUUAUGAAAAUUGCUUCUUCUCCUUUGUCUUCUUCAUGCUCUUAUUCUCAGUUCAUCGCUCCGUCACAGCCCAACUUGUACCCUGAAUUUUGCUCCCCAUCGAGCUCCACACACUUGUUUUCGAAUUAUGGGUUCUCUAACUACGACAACAUGAUGUGUUUCGAGCAAACAGGUUCACUCGGGCUUAACCAACUCACCCCUUCUCAAAUCCUCCAAAUUCAAGCUCAAAUCCUUCAGCAGCAGCAGCAGCAGCAGCAGCAGGAACUGGAGCUUGCGUCCAUGGCUACUGCUGCUGCAACAGCAUCUCUUCAAAACCAGAGGCUUAACUUUCUUUCCCCAAAGCCUGUCCCUAUGAAGCAUGUCUCUUCCGCCCCUCAAAAGGCUACCAAACUCUAUAGGGGUGUGAGACAGAGGCACUGGGGCAAAUGGGUAGCUGAAAUCAGACUCCCGAAGAACCGAACCCGCCUUUGGCUUGGCACUUUCGAUACGGCCGAGGAAGCAGCUUUGGCUUACGACAAAGCCGCUUACAAGCUUCGGGGAGACUUCGCCAGGCUUAACUUCCCACACCUCAAGCACCAAGGAGCUCAUGUUUUUGGAGAAUUUGGUGACUACAAGCCCCUCCAUGCCUCGGUUGACGCUAAGCUCCAAGCCAUCUGUCAGAGCAUGCAGAAGCAAGGGAAUUCGGAGAAGACCGGUUCAGUUUCGGAUUCAAAGCCUAUAGUGAAGAGGGAGGAGUUUGAUCAUAAAGUGGAGGAUUCAUCACUGUCAUCAUCAGCAACAGCAUCGGCUGAUGAGUCCUUGGCAGGAUCUUCUUCACCGGAAUCUGAUAUCACUUUCUUCGAUUUCUCUGAUUCCAGGUGGGAAGACAGUGGAAACUUCUGUUUAGGGAAGUACCCAUCGGUUGAAAUCGAUUGGGAAGCCAUCUGAGGAGCCAAGAAAAGUAGAAAACCCCGACAAGUAUCAUGUAAUUUUUCCUUGUAUUUUGUUAGGUCAAAGUAUCUUUUGGUUUGUGAUGUAGGAGGGUUUCUGUUAUGGUCUCUACAAUGGAAUAUUUGACAUUUGUAGAGGAUCCACGGAGGCUUUGAAUUA